AUAAUUUAAAAAAAACAUGCAAUGAAGCAAGAAGACUAUGUGAUCAAAGAGAGAAUAAAAACAAAAACCAAAUAGGGUAAAUACUGAAUCAUCAGUAAUGAAAGAUAAAAGCAUUAAAGGAUAAAAGUUGAAAGACUUUGAUCGGAAGAACUGUUGAGGGCAGCAUUACAGCUCUCAGUGAACAGCCUGUCAAGAAUUGUUUUUAUAAGAAGAACCUGAAAGACAAAUCUGCAAGAAUUAUCUCCUCAGCUCUCUACUUUUUCACACGGUGCAUUGCCUGGACUCCAAGAUGGCAAAAGCACGUCUCGCUUACCUCCUGCUUCUCUUCACCACUCACUGCUUAUUCAGUGUGUUAGCGGUUGAGCUGAGCACAGACAAUGCCUCACUAUCGACUAAUGAGUUUGAAAUUAUUGAGUUGUCAUGCAAGAUUCACUCCACCACUACACCCAAUCCCAGAGUGGAAUGGAAAAAGAUGACAACUGUUGGAACAAGUCAUGUGUACUUUGAUCGGAAGGUCGUAGGUGACCUGAAGAACAGAGCCAUAUUGAGAGAACCUGCCUCAUUGCUGAUACUCAACGUAACAAGGUCAGACACGGCAAUAUAUCGCUGUGAGGUCGCAGCUGUCAAUGACCAGAAGAUGUUGGCUGAGAUUAUGAUCGCCCUUGUCGUAAGAGUGAAACCUGAGGUGCCAAAAUGCUUUGUCCCUAAAUGGGUGCCCUCUGGAAAGCCAACUGAGCUGAGUUGUUUUGAGGAUGAGGGCUUCCCAGACUCCCAGUACCAGUGGUUCAAGAACAAGGAGGAGAUUCCCGUCGACCCAAAUACCAAUCUAAAUUUCUUCAACUCUUCAUACACUCUCGACACGCAAAAAGGAACUCUGGAAUUCACUACGGUCAGGAAAGAAGAUGCUGGAGAGUACUUUUGUCAAGCGAAGAACAUUGCAGGACAAGCUGAGUGUCUACCCCAGAAGAUGCAAGUGUAUGGUCUGGAUUUGUUUUGGAUUUUACAGGGCAUGCUGUUGGCGGUCACAGUCCUCCUGUGUACAACAGUGGUCCUCUGCUGGGUAUACAAGAAAUGCCAAAAACAGACAAGAAACAGAGAUCCAGCCAAUGAAGUUGAAUUGGUCCACUUAAGAAGAGUAGAUGAGGUAGAUGAGGUAGAUGAAGCGGAUUUCGGACACAAGAUGUCAUUUGUGGUCUGAGGAGGGAGAGGACGAUAAGGGGUGUUGUGUUUGGACAUGUGAGAGCGAGUUCCACAUUGUCUGACCACAGAGCCACAACAGUCCACGUUAUUAUGCUGUGUUUCCAUCAUGGUACAGUUCAGUUUGCUACAGCUACAUGUACCAAUUGAAUGUUCCACUCUGUGGAAACACAGCUUUAGUUCUCGUAGGUGACAAGAUUUUGCAGAACAAUGCCGUCCUCUUUGGAGUCCCGAAGAAAACCCUGGAUAGGCUCCAACACGUCCAGAUCUCUGCUGCUAGGGUUCUCACUUGGACCAAACCUUGGCAACACAUCACCCCCACACUGAAACAACUGCACUGGCUCCCCGUUAAGUUCCGGAUCAACUUCAAGCGUCUCUUCCUUUGCUACAAGUCUCUACAUUCACUUGCUGUGCAUUACCUCUCCGACCUCCUCCAUGUGCUCUGGCCCUCCCGGAACCUGCGGUCUGCUGACCUAGGUCUCCUCUCCAUUCCCCGGACCUGCAGGCAAAGCUUUGGCAACAGGGCUUUCAGUGUCGCUGCUCCAACCCUCUGGAAUUCACUUCCUCUGGCUGUAUGCCAGGAACCAACUCUGGAGUCAUUUAAAUCUCUGUUGAAGUGACAAUUGUUCCAGCAAGCUUUUGCCACCUGAUUGCUUGUUUUCUUCUCUGUUCUAAACUGUACAGCGACCUUGGGUUUCAUGAAAGGCACUUUAUAAAGCUAAGUCAUCAUUAUUAUUAUUAGUAUUAUUAUUAUUAGAACAACAUGAACAGCUGUUACGUGCGUAGUGACGCAUUCUCUCACUCCUGGAAAAAUCACACUGUCAUUACUAGUUUCUACUGUCAACGAUUAGCUUGAAAACUUGUCAUUUGUAUCAUGUUUAUUUCCUACUCUUGAAAUAUUUUUGUUGGACUGUAUUUUCUUAUGCCUAUAGAUAAUUGUGUGUAAAAUACUAAAAUUAGAACAAUAUCACGAAGUACAUGUUGGAAUAUACUAUGCAAAUAAACAGGAACUGUUGAGGAAAAACAUGAUUCCAGUGUCAUAGUAUAAAGGUGAAACACACAACUAAUCAACCGAGACUUGGGGAUGAAUUUACGCUUUAACUCCUCUAACUUUACUCUAACUCUUUGUUUAACUAGUACUACUUCACUGUGUCAUGUGGGGCUCUGUGUUUACUGUCAUCCUGAACUCGGAAAACUUCAGAAGGUAGUGUUGUGCUGAGUCCCUGAUAAAAACACACAGAAGAAUAAGUGUGAUGUCACUCGCUUCUAGGGCUUUAACAGCUAAUGAAUUCAAUUGAUUCAUACAUUAAUUGCCACUAUUUUGAUAACUAUCCAAUCAGUAUGAGUAUUUUGUGUAUAAUUAUAAGAUUUGUCAGCUUCUUAAAUGGGAAAACCUUUGGUUUCUUUGCUUCAUAUAACAAAAAAAAUCAGUACAACUGAAAGAUAUGGGUUUUUGGACAAAACAAGACAUUUGAGAACAUCAUCAUUUCAAGGUUUAGGAAACAAUGAUCAACAUUUUUCAACAGUUUCAGACUUUCGAUGGACCAAACAACAACAAAUAAUCGUUUGUUGCAGCCUUACUCUCUAACUUCCCUGCUGUGUCUUUGCUGUGUCUUUGCUUCGGACUGACCUUGACUCUCUGUGCAUCUGCAUUUCCUCCUCUCUCUUUCUUUCU